CAAGAAGUUGAUCAGAGAACUCCGGACUGAACGCAUUCUAAAUGGACCAGAAACAUUGGAGAUAAAAAUAAACUUUAAUAGCUAACCAGCCAACACAAUUUUAAGUGGGAGUGCGGUGAGCGGCCGUGAUGGGUGACACGGAGCUGGGGCUGUCUGCUGCACAGCCAGAGGAACUAGAACCGCAGAGCUCCUCCACAGCCUCCUCCUCUCUGUCCACCUCCUCCUCUCCCUCCCGCUCUCUGCCCUCCUCCCCUUCCUCUGGACACUACCACCACCAGCAGACCCCCAGUCCCAGCCCCACUCACAGCGAUGGUCCAGCCACCUCCAGCCCACCCCUGGACGUCAUCUCAGAGGGCGUGGGCGAGCUGACCCUGGUCAUCGACCCCGAGGUGGCCAAGAUGGCCUGCCAGGAGGUGCUGCAGAAGGUGAAGUUCCUCAAAGGCAAAAGUGAGGGUUCAGGGUCUGGGUCUGACGGUGGCAAUAGCACGGACCACACACUGGUCAACGGGACUGUAUAUACAGAGCCUAUCAAGCCCCCAAAAAUCCCUGGGGAGGAGGACUCUGAGGCACUGCCUCCAGGCUCUGUGAAAAGCGCGCGGCGGCGCCAGCGCCACAACCCCUCCAAGCAGUCGUGGUUGCUGCGGCUGUUUGAGUCCAAACUCUUCGACGUGUCAAUGGCCAUCUCCUACCUACACAACUCCAAGGAGCCGGGUGUGCAGGCCUACAUUGGCAACCGCCUGUUCAGCUUCCGCCACGAGGAGGUGGACUUCUACCUGCCGCAGCUGCUCAACAUGUACAUCCACAUGGACGAGGACGUGGGAGACGCCAUCAAGCCCUACGUGGUGCACCGCUGCCGUCAGAGUAUCUCCUUCUCGCUGCAGUGUGCCUGGCUGCUGGGCGCCUACUCCUCCGACAUGCACAUCUCCACACAGCGACACUCACGCGGUACCAAGCUACGCAAACUCAUCUUCUCCGACGAACUCAAACCAGCCGCGGUCCGUGCCCGCCAGCCACUGACGUUGACCCCCUUCUGCCCACUUCCGACCGUUGCGCAAUCCCUGCAUGGGCACGGCUUGGGUGGGGAGCACGGUCUGUCGCCUACCAAGCGCACGCAUCAGCGCUCCAAGUCGGAUGCCACGGUCAGCAUCAGCCUGAGCAGCAACCUGAAGAGGACCGCGAGCAACCCCAAGGUGGAGAGCAACCAGGACGAGCCAGUACGUCUGGCACCCCAGAGAGAGUUCAUCAAGUCCCUGAUGGGCAUUGGGAAGCGGCUGGCCACGCUGCCCACCAAGGAGCAGAAGACGUCCCGGCUCAUCUCGGAGCUAUCGCUGCUCAACCACAAGCUGCCCGCCCGCGUCUGGCUGCCCACCGCCGCCUUCGACCACCACGUAGUGCGCGUCCCUCACACACAGGCUGUGGUGCUCAACUCCAAAGACAAGGCGCCAUACCUCAUCUAUGUAGAGGUUCUGGAGUGUGAGGACUUUGAGACCUCCAACGUUCCGUUGCGGAUCUCCGAGACGAGGAUCCGCAGUACGCGCUCAGUGGAGAACCUUCCAGACUGCGGCAUCACGGCGGAUCAGCGCGCCGGGGGCUUCUCAACAGUUCACAACUACGAUGAGGAUAACGAAGCCUGGUCUGUGGACGACAUCGGGGAUCUGCAGGUGGAGCUCGCAGAGUUCCACACCAACAGCUGUGACAACAUCUCCCAGUUCUCAGUGGACAGCAUCACCAGCCUAGACAGCAAGGAGCCCAUCUUCAUCGCUGCUGGAGACAUCAGGCGCCGGCUCUCAGAGCAGCUAGCUCACACACCGACCACAUUCAAGCGAGACCCAGAGGACCCUUCAGCAGUGGCCCUCAAGGAGCCGUGGCAGGAGAAGGUUCAGCGGAUAAGGGAGGGUUCCCCCUAUGGUCACAUCCCUACCUGGCGGUUAUUGUCAGUCAUCGUCAAGUGUGGCGACGACCUUCGGCAAGAGCUCCUGGCCUCUCAAGUGCUGCAGCAGCUCCAGAUCAUCUGGGAACAGGAACGUGUGCCUAUCUGGAUCAAACCCUACAAGAUCCUGGUGAUCUCCUCUGACAGCGGCAUGAUUGAACCCAUAGUCAAUGCAGUGUCCAUCCACCAGGUGAAGAAACAGAGCCAGAUGCCUCUGCUGGACUACUUCCUACAGGAACACGGUACCCACACCACUGAGGCCUUCCUCACGGCCCAGCGCAACUUUGUUCAGAGCUGUGCAGGCUACUGUCUCAUCUGCUACCUUCUGCAGGUCAAAGACAGACACAAUGGCAACAUCCUGUUGGACGCCGAGGGCCACAUCAUCCACAUAGACUUUGGCUUCAUUCUGUCCAGCUCGCCCCGCAACCUGGGCUUCGAGACCUCUGCUUUCAAGCUCACCAGCGAGUUUGUAGACGUGAUGGGAGGUCUGGAUGGAGACAUGUUUAACGACUAGAAGAUGCUCUGUCUCUCUAGGUGAUGGGAGGUCUGGAUGGAGACAUGUUUAAUUACUAUAAGAUGCUCUGUCUCUCUAGGUGAUGGGAGGUCUGGAUGGAGACAUGUUUAAUUACUAGAAGAUGCUCUGUCUCUCUAGGUGAUGGGAGGUCUGGAUGGAGACAUGUUUAAUUACUAGAAGAUGCUCUGUCUCUCUAGGUGAUGGGAGGUCUGGAUGGAGACAUGUUUAAUUACUAUAAGAUGCUCUGUCUCUCUAGGUGAUGGGAGGUCUGGAUGGAGACAUGUUUAAUUACUAUAAGAUGCUCUGUCUCUCUAGGUGAUGGGAGGUCUGGAUGGAGACAUGUUUAAUUACUAUAAGAUGCUCUGUCUCUCUAGGUGAUGGGAGGUCUGGAUGGAGACAUGUUUAAUUACUAUAAGAUGCUCUGUCUCUCUAGGUGAUGGGAGGUCUGGAUGGAGACAUGUUUAACGACUAGAAGAUGCUCUAUCUCUAGGUGAUGGGAGGUCUGGAUGGAGACAUGUUUAAUUACUAUAAGAUGCUCUGUCUCUCUAGGUGAUGGGAGGUCUGGAUGGAGACAUGUUUAAUUACUAUAAGAUGCUCUGUCUCUCUAGGUGAUGGGAGGUCUGGAUGGAGACAUGUUUAAUUACUAUAAGAUGCUCUGUCUCUCUAGGUGAUGGGAGGUCUGGAUGGAGACAUGUUUAAUUACUAUAAGAUGCUCUGUCUCUCUAGGUGAUGGGAGGUCUGGAUGGAGACAUGUUUAAUUACUAUAAGAUGCUCUGUCUCUCUAGGUGAUGGGAGGUCUGGAUGGAGACAUGUUUAAUUACUAUAAGAUGCUCUAUCUCUCUAGGUGAUGGGAGGUCUGGAUGGAGACAUGUUUAAUUACUAUAAGAUGCUCUGUCUCUCUAGGUGAUGGGAGGUCUGGAUGGAGACAUGUUUAAUUACUAGAAGAUGCUCUGUCUCUCUAGGUGAUGGGAGGUCUGGAUGGAGACAUGUUUAAUUACUAUAAGAUGCUCUGUCUCUCUAGGUGAUGGGAGGUCUGGAUGGAGACAUGUUUAAUUACUAGAAGAUGCUCUAUCUCUCUAGGUGAUGGGAGGUCUGGAUGGAGACAUGUUUAAUUACUAUAAGAUGCUCUGUCUCUCUAGGUGAUGGGAGGUCUGGAUGGAGACAUGUUUAAUUACUAGAAGAUGCUCUGUCUCUCUAGGUGAUGGGAGGUCUGGAUGGAGACAUGUUUAAUUACUAUAAGAUGCUCUGUCUCUCUAGGUGAUGGGAGGUCUGGAUGGAGACAUGUUUAAUUACUAUAAGAUGCUCUGUCUCUCUAGGUGAUGGGAGGUCUGGAUGGAGACAUGUUUAAUUACUAUAAGAUGCUCUGUCUCUCUAGGUGAUGGGAGGUCUGGAUGGAGACAUGUUUAAUUACUAUAAGAUGCUCUGUCUCUCUAGGUGAUGGGAGGUCUGGAUGGAGACAUGUUUAAUUACUAUAAGAUGCUCUGUCUCUCUAGGUGAUGGGAGGUCUGGAUGGAGACAUGUUUAACGACUAGAAGAUGCUCUAUCUCUAGGUGAUGGGAGGUCUGGAUGGAGACAUGUUUAAUUACUAUAAGAUGCUCUGUCUCUCUAGGUGAUGGGAGGUCUGGAUGGAGACAUGUUUAAUUACUAUAAGAUGCUCUGUCUCUCUAGGUGAUGGGAGGUCUGGAUGGAGACAUGUUUAAUUACUAUAAGAUGCUCUGUCUCUCUAGGUGAUGGGAGGUCUGGAUGGAGACAUGUUUAAUUACUAUAAGAUGCUCUGUCUCUCUAGGUGAUGGGAGGUCUGGAUGGAGACAUGUUUAAUUACUAUAAGAUGCUCUGUCUCUCUAGGUGAUGGGAGGUCUGGAUGGAGACAUGUUUAAUUACUAUAAGAUGCUCUAUCUCUCUAGGUGAUGGGAGGUCUGGAUGGAGACAUGUUUAAUUACUAUAAGAUGCUCUGUCUCUCUAGGUGAUGGGAGGUCUGGAUGGAGACAUGUUUAAUUACUAGAAGAUGCUCUGUCUCUCUAGGUGAUGGGAGGUCUGGAUGGAGACAUGUUUAAUUACUAGAAGAUGCUCUAUCUCUCUAGGUGAUGGGAGGUCUGGAUGGAGACAUGUUUAAUUACUAUAAGAUGCUCUGUCUCUCUAGGUGAUGGGAGGUCUGGAUGGAGACAUGUUUAAUUACUAGAAGAUGCUCUGUCUCUCUAGGUGAUGGGAGGUCUGGAUGGAGACAUGUUUAAUUACUAUAAGAUGCUCUGUCUCUCUAGGUGAUGGGAGGUCUGGAUGGAGACAUGUUUAAUUACUAUAAGAUGCUCUGUCUCUCUAGGUGAUGGGAGGUCUGGAUGGAGACAUGUUUAAUUACUAUAAGAUGCUCUGUCUCUCUAGGUGAUGGGAGGUCUGGAUGGAGACAUGUUUAACGACUAGAAGAUGCUCUGUCUCUCUAGGUGAUGGGAGGUCUGGAUGGAGACAUGUUUAAUUACUAUAAGAUGCUCUGUCUCUCUAGGUGAUGGGAGGUCUGGAUGGAGACAUGUUUAAUUACUAUAAGAUGCUCUGUCUCUCUAGGUGAUGGGAGGUCUGGAUGGAGACAUGUUUAAUUACUAUAAGAUGCUCUGUCUCUCUAGGUGAUGGGAGGUCUGGAUGGAGACAUGUUUAAUUACUAUAAGAUGCUCUGUCUCUCUAGGUGAUGGGAGGUCUGGAUGGAGACAUGUUUAAUUACUAUAAGAUGCUCUGUCUCUCUCUAGGUGAUGGGAGGUCUGGAUGGAGACAUGUUUAAUUACUAUAAGAUGCUCUGUCUCUCUAGGUGAUGGGAGGUCUGGAUGGAGACAUGUUUAAUUACUAUAAGAUGCUCAUGCUGCAGGGCCUGAUAGCAGCACGUAAACACAUGGACAAA